UCGCUGAAUUGCAUCAUUUUCUCUCUUCCUCUCCUCACCGGUAAGGACUCGCAUUCAAAAUGGUGGAAGCAGUACAGGAAAGCAUCAACUUUCCCACUGAAGAGGAGCGAAUCCUGAAGUUCUGGGAGGAGAAAGAUUGUUUCCAGGAGUGUCUCAGACAAUCCAAAACCAGGCCAAGGUACACGUUCUAUGAUGGGCCGCCAUUUGCCACAGGUCUCCCUCACUAUGGUCACAUCCUGGCAGGAACCAUCAAGGACGUUGUGACGAGGUUUGCCCACCAGAGCGGCUUUCAUGUGGACAGGAGGUUUGGUUGGGAUUGUCAUGGGUUGCCUGUGGAGUAUGAGAUUGAUAAAACACUGAACAUUAAAGGACCUGAAGAUGUUGCUAAAAUGGGAAUCGAAGAAUAUAACAAGAAGUGCAGGGGUAUCGUCAUGAGAUAUGCCGAUGAAUGGGAGACGUCUGUGAGGAGAAUGGGUCGCUGGAUUGACUUCAGAAAUGACUAUAAGACUCUGUACCCAUGGUUUAUGGAGACAGUCUGGUGGGUUUUUAAGCAGCUGUAUGAUAAAGGUUUGGUGUACAGAGGGGUAAAGGUUAUGCCCUUCUCCACCGCCUGCAACACACCGCUCUCCAACUUUGAGGCCAAUCAAAACUACAAGGAUGUGCAGGACCCGUCCGUGAUUGUAAACUUCCCUCUGUUGGAGGAUGAGACUGUGAGUUUUAUCGCAUGGACUACCACACCAUGGACCCUGCCCAGUAACCUGGCUCUCUGUGUCAACCCUGACUUAAUCUACAUCAAGGUUAAAGAUAACAGCUCAGAGAAGAUCUACAUCAUGAUGGAGGCCAGACUAGUAGCUCUCUUCAAAUCUGAAAGUGAAUACACCAUCCUGGACAGAUUUCCUGGCAAGACCCUGAAGGGCAAGAAAUACAAACCACUUUUCGACUACUUCGUCAAGUGUAAGGAGAAUGGUGCUUUCUCUGUGGUGCUGGAUAACUAUGUACGUGAUGAUGACGGUACAGGAGUCGUACAUCAGGCCCCAUACUUUGGAGCUGAUGAUUACCGUGUCUGCACAGAGUACAAGAUCAUCCAGAGGGAUUCGGUUCCUAUUUGUCCUGUUGAUGCUUCUGGUGUGUUCACUUCCGAGGUCACCCAUUUUGAAGGUCAAUAUGUGAAGGACGCAGACAAAAACAUUAUCAAGUGGUUGAAGGAGAACGGCCGUCUGGUAAAUGCCAGCUCUUUCAAACACAACUACCCUUUCUGCUGGAGGUCGGACACACCUCUGAUCUAUAAGGCGGUGCCCAGCUGGUUUGUGAGAGUUGAACACAUGGUGGAGAAACUUCUGGACAACAACAGCAAAUGUUACUGGGUUCCUGAGUUCGUGAAAGAGAAGCGGUUUGGCAAUUGGCUGAGGGAUGCACGAGACUGGGCCGUCUCCAGGAACCGAUACUGGGGGACACCCAUCCCGCUGUGGGUCAGUGACGACUUUGAAGAGGUGGUGUGUGUGGGCUCCAUGGCUGAACUUGAGGAACUGACAGGAGUUAAAGUAACUGAUCUUCACAGGGAGAGCAUCGACCGUCUGACUAUCCCCUCUCGCUGUGGAAAGGGUCAACUUAAGAGGGUCUCUGAAGUGUUCGACUGCUGGUUUGAGAGCGGCAGCAUGCCUUACGCCCAGGCGCACUACCCGUUUGAGAACAAGCGAGAAUUUGAGGAUACCUUCCCGGCAGAUUUCAUCGCUGAGGGCAUCGAUCAGACCAGAGGAUGGUUCUACACAUUACUUGUGCUGUCCACUGCCCUAUUUGGGAAACCCCCAUUCAAGAAUGUGAUCGUCAACGGUCUUGUUCUUGCAAGUGAUGGACAGAAAAUGAGUAAACGUAAGAAGAAUUAUCCAGAUCCAAACUUAAUCGUGCAGAACUACGGCGCUGAUGCGCUCCGACUGUAUCUGAUCAACUCUCCUGUGGUCCGUGCUGAAAACCUUCGCUUCAAAGAAGAGGGGGUGAGAGAUGUGCUCAAAGAUGUCUUCCUACCCUGGUACAACGCAUAUCGCUUCUUGGUGCAGAACAUCCAAAGGUUGCACAAGGAAGAGUCCAUAGAGUUUCUGUACAACGAGAGGACAGCCAGCUUGAGCGAAAACAUCAUGGACAAAUGGAUCCAGUCUUUCACUCAAUCACUCAUUCAGUUCUUCAGAGAUGAGAUGGGAGCCUUCAGACUCUAUACUGUGGUUCCCAGGCUUGUCAAAUUUGUGGAUAUGCUCACCAACUGGUAUGUGAGGACUAACCGCAGGCGACUGAAGGGUGAGAGUGGUACUGAGGACUGCAUGCAUGCCUUGGAGACCCUCUUCAGUGUGCUGUUCUCAAUGUGCAGACUGAUGGCCCCAUUCACUCCAUUCAUAACAGAGCUGAUGUAUCAGAAUCUGCGUCACCUGAUUGAUCCGGUAUCAAUGGAGGAGAAGGACACAGGAAGUAUUCACUACCUCAUGCUGCCACAUGUCAGGGAAUCUCUGAUUGAUAAACGCAUUGAGAAUGCUGUGUCACAGAUGCAGUCUGUCAUUGAGCUGGGUCGUGUCAUCAGAGACAGAAAGACGCUCCCCGUCAAGUAUCCGCUGAAGGAAGUGGUGGUGAUCCAUCAGGACCCAGAAGCUUUAAAAGACAUUCAGUCCCUACAGAAAUACAUCCUGGAGGAGCUGAAUGUUCGCCAGCUCACUCUGUCUACAGACAAGGAUAAAUAUGGAAUUCGUCUGAGGGCUGAACCUGAUCACAUGGUGCUGGGCAAACGACUGAAAGGAGCCUUUAAAUCUGUUACUGCUUCCAUCAAAGAGCUAAAGAGUGAAGAGCUGGAAGCCUUCCAGAGGACAGGAUCCAUAGUUGUGGAUGGUCAUGAGCUACAUGAGGAGGACCUGCGUCUGAUGUACACCUUUGAUCAGACCUCAGGAACAUCUUCACAAUAUGAGGCCCAUUCAGAUGCACAGGUCCUGGUUCUUCUUGACAUCAGCCCAGAUCAGUCCAUGUUAGAUGAGGGCGUGGCCCGUGAGGUCAUAAACCGCAUUCAGAAGCUACGCAAAAAGGGUCAUCUGGUCCCAUCGGAUGAGAUCACAGUGUAUUACAGCAGUGAGCCGGCCGGUGGAUACCUGGAUAAAGUCAUCCAAACACACACUGACUUCAUCUUGGCCACUACGAAGGCCCCACUGAAACCCUAUCCAGUGCCCAAGAGUGCAACUGUUAUUGUUCAGGAGAAAACUGAGCUGAAAGGCUCAGAUCUGGAUUUAACUAUCGUAAGAGGUGCUGCCGUCUCCAGGGCUCCUUUGACGACUGCUGCAUGUGCUUACGUCAACCUGAAAAUAACUCUCAAGGACAAACAGCAAGAGGGCGUUGUUCUGCUGGAGAAUCCCAAGGGUGAUAACCUACUGGACGUGGAGCGGCUGAAGAUUGUUUGCUGUAGCGUUUUUGGACUCAAUGGCGCUCCUGUGGCCAUAUUUAAUGGCAAGACAGAGCUGACAGCUAAUGCUGAUCUGAUUUCUCUGAAUGGGAAAACUCUGACCGUAACCUCCGGUAUAAGUCCUGCUGUUGUGACUGACUCAAACUCUCUCCUGUGUCCAUAUGUUAAUCUCCAGCUUAUGAACGCCAGUCCAGCAGAAUGUCAGUCUGGAGAUGUGGGGACGCUGCUGUUAAUGAAUCCAGUGGGUAAAAACGGCCUUCAGUAUCCUGAGCUCCUGCAUGAAACCGCACGAGUGUUUGGCCUGAGAGGCAGGAAGCUGAAGCUCUACAUGAACGAAGAUCUUACAGAAGAAUUGACAGAGACUUUUCCUCUGAAGACACUGAACACCAAAACUCUGUAUGUGAAUGCUCUGCCCACAACUGCAGAAGCCUAGUGAUGUCACAUUCUUUCAACACCAAUUACAGUAAAACACAUCUAAUAAUAAAUCAGCUCAUUUUCAUCACAUCUUCAUUAUGAUGGUUUCUUAUUUCUUCUGGGCUUUAUAUUGGUGAUACCCUGUAUUAAUUACUUAGAUCACUAUAUCAUUAAAGUCUGUUAGGAUACCAAACCAUAUGAUGUAAAUCAGAUCCACUAGACUUGACCUGUACUUUCUGAACAUUCGUGGUGUUCUAUUGAAAAACUCUGAAUAAAGCUUUCGAAUGAACAACUUUUA